AUGUAUCUCACAAAUUGUUUUGUAAAUGUGAUUCUUUUUAAUUUCGUAUUAGGAAUUUUGCUUUCAACAGCACACUCAGCCCUGCCAGAAAAAUAUCAACAGAUUGUUAUUGGCUGUUAUAAAGAAAAUGGUUAUGAUGGUCGUCCUUUGGAUUACUUUGAUCCAGCAGUCCCAAAUAACUUUAAGUGUGCUCUAGCUUGCAUUUUGGAAAAAAAGGGAUUUUUUAAGGAAGAUGGGUCUAUCGACAAAGUGAAGUUUGGAAAGGAUAUGGAAGAAGUAAUUGAAGAUCAAGAUGGAAGGAAUAGGUACCUUAAGGCUGUUGAUCGAUGUGAUCCAAAAGCAAGAGCAAACAAUUGUGAAACUGCUUAUGAGUUUACGAAAUGUGUGAAUACGUAA